AUGGAGCUGGCCAGUGCCAUGGCAAGCCAGGUCAACUCCCCGGAGGUGACCGAGGGCAUCGCGUCUGCAGCUGCGCGCGGCAGCGAUGUGGAGAAAGAGGAGAUCGAGGAGAACCUGUCGGCCAUCAUCGGGCGCACGGGAUUCUUCCACCGCACCAUGUUCGCGUACGAGACGGUCGCCAUGCUGUGCCUCGCACUGCACAACCUCGUGCAUGGCGCGAGCGCCUCGGACGAGGACUACUGGUGCCGGCUGCCCGACCCGCCCGCGAACAUGACGCUCGCAGAGUGGAGGGACAUGAACAUCCCCAGGGAAGGGAACGGUACAAUGAGCCGUUGCCUCGUGUACUCGGAGCUUGUCGGCGAACUCCCGGCUGGAAAUGUGACGCGCGUAACCGUUCCAUGCUCAGCCAGGGUGUUCAAUGUCUCCGACAACGUAAGACUGUCCAUUGUAAAGCAGUGGGACCUUACCUGCGAGCGCACGUGGUUGCUCUCUGCGUCUGAGACUGUUUACACUGCGGGCUCCUUCAUUGGACUCAUGUUAUCCGGCCUUUCCGCAGACAGGAUCGGCCGGAAGCCAACCAUCUGCUUUUCGGCCGUGGUGCUCGAGGUGGUCGGCAUCUCCCUGAGCAGCGUGGGCAGCGUGUUCCUCUUCAUGUGUCACCGUUUCUUUGUGUCGGCCGCCAUCCACGCGGUCGUCUACACGCAGUACAUCAUGCUGGUCGAGGUGGUGGCGAUGCAGUGGCGGAGCAUGUACAUGACAUUCGUCGCCUACGGCUACAUUAUUGGCGUCGUCAUCACGGUCUUCACGCUCGGCGACAAUGUAGACUGGCGGAACAAACAGGCCAUCGUCAUGUUGCCCACGACGUUCCUGCUCUGCGGAUUCUACUUGCUGCCAGAGUCGCCUCGAUGGUCGCUCACAAACCUGCACGUGGAGGAGGCUGUGCAUGCGGUCGCCUACAUUCUCCGCUGUAACAGGGCAACGCCCGACACCAUCAGAGCGGUCGUCAAGAAGCUCAGGGUAGAGCCGCUGCAGACGCUUCACGGUAGGAUGUCGGCCAAUGAGGACGCCUCGCAGUACCUAAGCCAUCGCAGGAAACAGGCACCUGAACUGAGCUCUCCAGAGAAGACGGUGUGGGAGCUUCUGGUGAUACUAAUCACCCAGUACCAGUUCUCCAGCCUCGCUGUCGGUUUUUGCUGUGCCGUGACAAGCAGGGUCAACUCCCGGGAGAUAACCGAGGGCAUCGCGUCUGGAGCUGCGCGCGGCAGUGACGUGGAGAAAGAGGAGAACCUGUCGGCCAUCAUCGGGCGCACGGGCUUCUUCCACUGCACCAUUUUCGCGUACGAAACGAUCGCCACGCUGUGCCUCACGCUGCACAACCUCGUGCACGACGCGGGCGCCUCGGACGAGGACUACUGGUGCCGGCUGCCCGACCCGCCCGCGAACAGGACGCUCGAGGAGUGGAGGGACGUGAACAUCCCCAGGAACAUGGAAACGGAUGAAGAAAUGUCCAGCACCAACUGA